AAUUAUUAUAAAUAAUGAAUGACCGACCGCAUAGAUAAGGUUUCCCGUGGGUUGAUUCUGAUGUUGUCCUACUAUCCGUCCCGCUUAUCGCGAAUCAAACGUCAGAGACGACACUACACGUUUUAAUGUAAAUUGAUUUGAAUAGUUUUGUUUUGUACGCGGGUUCGUUUAGUUUACGCUCGGCCGUCGUACAUAGAGAAACUAAAACUAGUUUCCGUGGUUUGGUAGUUUUGGUGCUGCGUCGUUUACGAGAGAGUUUAGUGAAUGACCGAAUUAGUGCUAGUGCGUUGUGAAGUGUGUUUAAAUGACGUUUUAACAUUUGUUUAACCUACAUCGGUUAGUUUUAAUUACAUUGUGUGGUUCGUCGCGAAGCUUAAGCCGACUGUUGCAAGUUGAAAGGCGAUGGCCGAAGAACCACUGAAGCUUUACUGGGACCACUUCUUCAAAGCAGAGACUGGCACUUAUGAGAAAUCAACCUGGCUGGACCUGUUCUUAGCUGAGUUCCUUGUCAGACUUAAUGGCGGCGCUAAUCCGAAGGAACUCAUCAAUUUUUGUCCCGUGAGCGGAGUGGUGACACUAGUGGGUUGUGAGUUGCUUUGUGGGAUCCACCGCGUGACGUCUUCGUUGAGCGCUCACAGUUCACCCAAAGAAAAUGAUGUUACAGCACCAGUUGAGGAAAAAGAAGAUCGUCCGACAAGUCUGUUCACAAAGACCAACUCACAGUCGACCGGAGAAGUGCUGCGCAAGUACUUGCUGGGAGGCGUGGCAUGGCGCUGUCUGGCGCUGCUCAGAGCACUAGGAGUCGAGGGCCUCUCAUGCUGUCGCCAACUGAGCUCCGUCCUUAUCUGGCUGUUCGGCGAGCUGAGCGCGGGCGCGUCCACUCCGGCGCAGCCGCGCCCGCGCGCCCGUCGAGCGCCCAUACACCAACUAUUUUCUAAUAGGAUAUGGUCCAAACAAAAGCCUACUGGCAGUCCGGCAUCAAAAAUCAACAACACUACAGUAUCCGAACGGAGUACGACAGGACGAUCGAGACACGUAAGCCUAAGUAAAGACGCCGAUGUCAAAACGAAAAGGAAGACGCUUAAGCAAGAACUUUCUUCCGAGUCUGCUGACUCCAACGACGACUUGCAAGUUCUAAACCGGUCACUCGCCAUCAAAGUUUCUUCUCCCGACGAUUUCGAGUACUUCAACUCGCCCCUAAAGUCUUCCAAUGAGUACGCCAAUGAACUUUACAGUGACCCUUUUCAUUCGCCAAAGAAAACAAAACCAAAACCGGAUGAUUAUAUGAACGAAAAGCAUAGAGAGGUUAUCAAUUCUGAGAUAUCCGCGUUUGAAUUCAUCCUCAUGAUCACGGAUUUACUGCAGGAACUGUGUAAAGCUGAAAGCAGCCUGUCGGGUUCUGAAGGUUCACAAAUAUCAAUGCAGUGUAUAAAUUUCUCAUUAAAAAACCUAUGCUCUCUACAGUUUGGUUCGCUGCCCGCUUGUUCAAAGAGUGCGGACGAAGCCUCUCACAUAAAAGUAGCCCUAACAGAACUACUAAUAGUCUCUUUAGAUAAAGUUCUCAUCCGGUCCGACCUGUGUGCCAAACUAAUAAACAAUGGCAUACUACCGAUGCUGCUAAGAAUAUUAGAGGAUGUAAUCUGCAAAUCUAGCUCUAAGUACCAUAAGAAGUCUGAUGUGAAUCUCGUCGAUGAUACUUUAACAGAGGCUCAGUCUGAUGAUAUGCUCAGAUUCGUUUUCGGCAUAGCGUAUUCUAUCACAGCAUUCUUCCACUGUCUUCUUAUGCAGUGUCGCACCCUGGACAAUUUAAGGGAAUUCACCGAUCAGUUCAAGCUGUACGGGGAGUGUCUCAAAGGCGGUCUACUCAGAGAAUGCGUCGAGUUGAUGAUUAGGAUACGAGGCGUUGAUUACGACGAGGCCGUCACGCUUAUAAAGAAGCUGUUAGAGUCCGUGGGGAAGCUAAUAAACGGAAUGAAGAGGGUGCGGAGUGAGGUUGUGCAUUCUGCAGCUUGCCCUCGUACUAGACAUAAGGUCUGCCGUGCGCGGGUCGCGGCGGGCAUGCAUCACCACCAUGACAUUCUAGGCGAGGCCAGCACAGAUCUUCCCUUAUCGUCCACUUGUUGCGUAUCAGUUUUGUACGGUACACUGGCUUGCUUGUUAACGGACGAGGAAGUAUCAGCUCAGGCCCCGCUCAGACAUAAAAUACUGCGUGUUAUGUUAAACUCUGGCGUCUGCUGUUGCUUUUCCCCUGGACUGUUAAUGGAAAACAUUGUCAGAUUGAUGUUAACGCACGACUCGGUCGCUUCGAAAUGUCUCCAAGUUUUAGAACAUACUGUGUACGGGGAUUUGGGAGCGAGCGUCCUGAUACAGAAGGUCACAGAUCAGCUCCCUUGUUCUAUUUGCGAGCCGAGCGAUGACAAAAGGUUCGCCAAGAAACACUGCCUUCACUCCGUUAGCCCGGUCGAUCGAAAGAGUAUAUGGUCAUUCUUGAUCCACUAUAACUCUUUACUACAACUGGAUAAUCAUAACAAUGUCUUGCAUGCGACGGUGUCCCAUUUGCUUCGAGUGACACCAAAGUGUCGGUUAGAAAUGAAGCACGAGUUACUGUUCAGCGUGAUAUACCCGACUUUCAUAGUCGCUAAACAUAGAUACAUUAUUAGAAUGGAAGACUCGGCCUAUUUCCUGACCGUAUCGUGUCUAAAUAUCUUUUCCAGUUUACUAAACACGGUGUCUUUUGCCGACCAGUUCAUUCAAAAAGGUGGCCUUAGUUACGUACUGGAACUGGUCUCCUUACCAGAGUUCUCAAACCAGUGUUGUUCCAUACUCGAAAUAGCUAUUACCGUUGAAAUAUUCAAAUUGAUCAAAGAGAAUACAAACACGACUUAUUACAGAGAAAUGAGCUCUCUAGCAUCUAUCCAAAUGCUAUUCAAGUCUCUGUCAGAAACUACCCAGAAAUGCUUCAAAAUCUACCGGCUUAAACUUCCGGAAGAAAAAUUCAACGAGCUUUCUGACGUCACGGAAGAAAAGAAGCAGCUAUUAUUCAUAGAGAAACGCCGUGACUCGUCACAAAUAAGAAAAGUGUCGAUCUCUAUGCCGAAAGCGAUAAAAACGAACUUUGCUGCGGGUGAGAACGUGAUAGAAGAAUCUAUAGACGAUUACUUAGAGGCUUUGAAGAACGCGUGGACUUUCUGGAAAUCAUGCGCGGCACUGUGUCUUUACAGCCCCGUGUUCAGACAAUACGUGGUGGACGAGGACGUGUUCUUGGACAGUUUUGCGCUGCUGCGAGUGUUGUUGUAUUUCGUGAGGAACUGCGAGAUCGCGCCGGUGGAGAUGAGACUGCUUAUUAAGAUCGUGGAGGCCUUGCUGACGGUGCAAUUUGCCGUGUCAGACGUAACAUCCGAACGUUCAAAAGAGGCCAGCUGCGCUGUGGUCCGAGCGGCGCUGCACAACGCGGGCACUGACGGUAGCGCGGCGCUGCGAGCGCUGUGUGAAGCUCUAGUGCGCGUCGCUGUAGCUGAACCAAGCGCUGCGCACGCCAUGCCGCCGCCUCCACCGCAAGCAAAGGUGCCGCCGCUCCUUUGCCCCUCCGGCAGCAGCUCCGUGGAAGGCUCCUCUAGUGAGGAGAGCGUUGCAGUGCCCUACGCGUCCGACCACAGCGAGCCUUACUACCGCGCCGACGAGGGGUACGAGGCAGACGUGGAAAUAGGCAAAUAUGACCCGCUAUCAUCGUACAAAUCACGCAAGGUGUCCGAAUCGUUGUCUUCUUUGAGCAGCCCUACUGGUACAGAGCCUGCUUUGGGGCCAGCAUGCUGUCAGUACGCGGAAAGCGGGCGGCUAGCGCACCCCGAGUUAUGCGUUAUCGUGCUAGACAUACUCACAGACCUCAUACACAAACUAGUAUCGGAGCCCGACGGGCAAGAAGGCGCGCGCGCGUCGGGCGCGUCGUUAGCGCGCGCGUGCUGCACGCGCCUCGCCGCCGCGCUGGGCCGCGCGCGGGCGCCGCCUCCGCCGCUCCUGGGCCGGCUGCUGGGGCCCAAGACCGCCGCCUUAUUGGAGUUGAAGGAUCCGGAUCUAGCAGAUCUUCAGCGCAGCAUUCUAGAGCUAAUCCACGUGGUGGCCAUGCGGUCGAUAAGCGCCUCGGAGCUGGCGCUGCUGCUGCGGCUAUGUGCGCGACGUGCGGCGCUGCCGGCGCUACUACCGGCGCUGCUUCGGCUGGCCGGGGACGCGGAGCCCGCGCCGCUUGCCGUGCUCGCCUUCCCUGUCACACAAUCUACAGAUGCCGGGCCUUUGGGACGGAAAGACGGCUUCGAGGACGUGAGCGCUCCGGCGCACUGCGCGCAUGCAGAGGCGGCGGCGCGCGGGCUUCGGGAGGCUCACCUAAAGGCCGGUUUGAAGUCUGCUUGGGCGCUGCACGCGGCGCGCUGCGGCGCGGAGGGCGCGGGCUGGGCGCCGUGGCUGCAGGGCUUCGCGCUCACUACCUGGCUACGUCGCACCACGCCCAACGAACCAACAAAUGAAUGGAAGGGCUCAGAGCGUUCGCUCGACACGGUGGAGAAAGACAUAAACUCGGAACUACACGUGCUGACUAUUGGACACGACUCGCUCCUGCUCGAGCUUUGGCUGCACACAGACUCCGGUGCGUUCACACUUCGCCUUUCGCGCCCCGAAACAUCAAGCUAUAAAGUGCUAAGUGAGACCCGCGUAGACGCAGCCCUACCACCCGCGCAGUGGUGCUGUGUAGCCCUUAACGUUAAGGAGGUCGUGCAUAAGCGAAAAAUACACAUCCAGGUGACACUUUACAUAGAUGGGUGCGAGUGUGAAACUGUGUCACUGCCUUUACAAGGCAUCCUGGUCCGCAAAGUGACCCCAACGCACCUGCUGGUCGGCCACUCGGUGGCGGCGCUCGGCGGCUACCACAUGUCGGGGUGCUGCGUGUACCGCGCGCCCGUGCUGGGCGCCGCCGCCGCGCUGCACGCCGCCGCGCACAAGCCCGAGCCGCAUCCGCACCUCAAGUGCAAGGUCGAUAAUGAAAUUCCAAAUUACUCAAGACUCUUGACUCCGAACGUGCUCGAUUCAAACAUUGAUUGGGAUCAGGUAUACGAUAUGUCCGGAGCAGCGCUUCGUGAGCUGAACGAGAAUCUGUUGUUAUCCUUCAGCGCACACGCACCUAAUAUAGUCAAUCUCUACCACCAGACGACGCCAUUACCCACAGUAUUUUCCACUCGCAACCCGGGUCCGAAGCCAGUGGCGGGCGCCUGCGUCCCCGAGCCGCUAGCAUGCACGUGGACCGUGCGCUGGAAAGCGUCCGGGCAUUGCGGCAUCGCGCCCGCUGUCUACAUGCUGGGCGGGCCGUCUGUGCUGCUGUAUCUGUUCGCCAGGGUAGUGGAAAUGGAAGCAAGCGCAGAGGAACAGGCAAUGGCAUUGGGAAUAGUUCUUCGCGUAUGCCGAGCGGACAAUAGGCUACGGUCAGCAUUGCACGGCGCUGACGGCUUGGAACUGCUGCUGCGAGUGUUCGGGGCGCCGAAGUGUCGCCUAACACGCCUAAUGCUGCAGGUGAUCUUAGAGGAAGCCUGCACUAGCCCCGUCUUAACUUCCACCGGUGCCGGAUUGGUGGUCAGCGGUGCCGACGCUGUCGUACGCGAGCCAGCAUUGUUGGCGCUACUGGUGCAGGCCAGCCGACAUCUCGACACGGAGGAGGAGCUGGAAUGGGAAGUGGAGGGCGAGCGCAUGCGCGGCUCUCUCUGGGCACUGACGUUAUGCUGCAUACGGUCGCUGCUGGAGGACGCGGGCGCUCGGCGGUGGCGCGCCUUCAACCAGCAGCAGCUGCACCGACACCACCUACUACGAUUGCUGCUGGCUGCUUGCAAGGAACGUUUCCUAAACUCGGAGGACAAUCCAAGCCGCAGCCCGGACGCGGCAGGCGCCUGCCUCGUGGGGGUGGUGGGGGGCCUGCUCGGCUCGCCGCCCCUACCCUGCCAUCUGGCGGAGCUGUGUGACUUCCUACUGCUGAUGCACCAGGCAAGCGACACGUUUGUGACGCAUUCGCGGGCGAACUUCUACUUCCUCCUAACGGCAGACACCCAAGACACCAGCGAGUUCAUGACGAAGGCGCGGCGGCGGGAUCCGGAGCCCGAGCCCACUGACAGCGGGAGUCUGCGGGAGGAGGACAGCAAGCUGAUGAAGGGCAUCAUCAACAUGCAGAUCAAGGAGGGCAGCAGCAAGUUCAUGAUGAAGGCGCGGCGGCGGGAUCCGGAGCCCGAGCCCACUGACAGCGGGAGUCUGCGGGAGGAGGACAGCAAGCUGAUGAAAGGCAUCAUCAACAUGCAGAUCAAGGAGGGCAGAAAACACAAUGUCUCAUCCACGUCAGAGAAUUCGGAUUUAAAUAUUGAAACUAGCGGCGACAUGUUGGACCUCGUGGACAACGAGGUCGUGCCAGACGACGCACUCAGUGGGUACAUAGUGGUCGAUGUGGACGAUGUGGCACACACGACCGUCGAGAUGUACUCUAGCGGUAUCUACCAUGAGAAGAGAGUUCGCGCCGGCGCCGCGCCGGGGUGGACGGCUUGCGAGGGUCUACUGCUUCUCCUGAGAGACGCCAUCUUACUGCUCUCCGAACACGACUUGGCGCAGGCGAUGCAAGGCGCAAUCCAGCCUGAGGCGCUGGUCGUGCUCGCGAACCACCGCGACGCGGGCGUGCGCGCCGCCGUGCUGCGCGUGGUGGGCGCGCUGCAGCGCCGCGGCGUGCCCGCGCUGCAGCCGCGCGUACCGCACAAGACGUACCUCUACAGACAUCUAGCCAACCAGAUAGCAUUAUAUCCGAGCUCCGUAGAGCUGGCGGCAGCAUGCGCCGCCCUUGUCACCAAAUGCGAUGUGCCGUUGGAAGACCAGCUUGAGGAUGAUAUCUGGGUGGAUGUUUCACCUGAAAUGCUACACUGCGCGGCUCCGCUCCUAGCAACGCUGCCGGCCUGCCUACACGAUCCGCCGCUUGCGCACAACGUGUCUCUACUCGUUCGCCGCAUUAUUGACAAGGGCUCCCUAAAACUGCUUUCUGAAAUGAGCGUGGCCGAGGUGGCCGUGCGCUGUAUACGCGACCUGGGCGCGACCGGGGAGUUCAACGGACGGGCGCUACUACUGUCCGACAUGGGGGCGCUACUCGCCAAGCUCGCGGUCAAGGCGCUCGAGUCGCACCACCACAUGCAGAUAAUCACCGAUAUGCAUCAUAUGCUGACAUAUGUGGAACUGACGGCCGAAAGCGACAACAUAGCGCGAGCCGCACGCGCUGCCCAGGUGUCGUUAUUCGUGGCACAACUCGACCACUUGGACAUAGCCAGCCGCGCGCGUCAGAAGAAUAACAACUACUUCACUAACGUGCUUUCAUCAGCAGUAUCGCUGGGUACAGAAGGAGUAUCCCAAACGGAACUGGAAGCUCGACACUUAGCCACUGUCACUGCGGCGGUGAACUUCUUGCAGUCGCGAUCACCCGCGCUGCCGGUCCACUCCGAGGGCGAGCUAGUGGAACAACUACUAGUCAUGCUUAUAGCCGCGGUGAGCGGAGGUCUCCCAACGCGGCGGGCGUGGUGGGCAGGCUCCGGUGGGGAUGGAUGGCUGCGUGCUCUACGAGAGCUAGUGUGGUGGGUGGGCGCACCAGCUCCGGGCGCACGCACGCUACAACCGCACCUUCUGCGCGCACUGCACGCCGCCCCACACGUGGCCACCAUGCUCAAGCCUCCACCACCUUGCAGAAAGUUGGCAGUGUACCUGCUCCUGAUGUUGCGUCAUAUGCACGCGCUGGCCGAGAACGGCGGUGAUGGUGUUGAACUCGCCAUCACAGACUGGGCGCGCGGCUGGUGCAUGGCGCUCCAAGAUGGACUUGACAACAGGCUCGGGGCGGCGCUGCAAGACGAGGCUGCCGCCCUACUGAGAGUUGACGAGGAGCGCUGGGCCAAGACUGCCCACCACCACAACGCCAAUAUUGGCAAUAAGUACGAGAGCUGGGAACUCGACAUCACUGAUUGGACGCGCGGCUGGUGCAUGGCGCUCCAAGACGGGCUUGAGAACAGACUCGGGGCGGCGCUACAAGACGAGGCUGCUACCCUACUGAGAGUUAACGAGGAGCGCUGGGCCAAGACUGCCCACCACCACAACAGCGACAUUGGCAAAGUAAUCUUCAGCAAGGAGUCUCUAGCGACGCGUCUAACCGAGUCGGCAAUGGCAGCGACGCGAGCCGUAGUGGACGCGCAAAACGGAGAACGCAAGGCGUUUAUGGAAGUGCUCCGGCGCUCGCAGUCUUCUUCAGCCGUCGCAACGAGGCGCUGGCAGCGACUGGCCGACCAACUCACUCAUGAGCAAGCAUUAUGGCACGAGCCGGAAUCGUACCCGGUGUCAUGGGAGCUAGACGGCGCGGAGGCGCCGGGCCGCGUGCGCGUGCGUCUGCGCCGCGCCCAUCUCGCGCUCAAACCGCGCUUCCUCAAGCCCAGCCACCAGCACAAGCCCGUACUGGCAGAAGCAGCUGCGCGCAGCACAGUCAUGCUCCGCAGCAUCACGGGCGACGCCGGAGGGUUCCGCGGGGGGCUGGUGGCUCGACUACAGCUACACGAGACCGUGGCGCACAUGGCGCGCGUCACGCUCGUCACCGUGGCGAGAGAGCGAGACGGGGAGUUGUUGCUCACCGAUAGGUGCAUCCACUUCGUUCCGGACUCGUUAGGAGACGCAGAAGGCGAGGAGGCGCUAAGCUGGGCCCUAGAAGACGUUCGGCACGUGGCCACCCGACGGUGGUGCUUGCAAGAACGGGCCGCGGAGCUGUUCCUAGCUGAAGGCAGGGCGUGGCUGCUGGCGUUCGCGGGAAACGCCGAGCGGACUGCGUUCCUGCACCACACUGCCAAGCACUUACCCACUAGAAUGGAGCCCGAAACCUUAUCCGAGGCUAUGAACCAGUGGCGCAACGGCACCAUCACCAACUGGGAGUAUCUCAUGAAGCUGAACGGCCUCGCGGGCCGCACAUACAACGACCUUAUGCAGUACCCCGUCCUGCCGUUCGUGAUAGCCGACUAUAGUAGCAGGAUACUGGACCUUAACGACCCUGCCACGUUUAGAGACCUGAGCAAGCCCAUGGCCAUACAGAAUAAGAGCAGGGAGCAGCAUUAUAUCAAUACAUACAAUGAUCUAAAAGCAGCCCGUCGAGAAGGUUGCGGCGCGCUAGCGUCGCGCGAGCCACAUCACUAUGCAUCGUUAUACUCGAACCCUGGCUGCGUGUUACACUACCUCGUACGGCUGCCCCCAUUUACACAACUGCUGCUGCACUAUCAAGACAACAACUUCGACAUGCCGGACCGCACGUUCCACUCGUUAGCGACCACGUGGCGACUCAUCACCAACGACUCGCCCACCGACGUGAAGGAGCUCAUUCCUGAACUGUACUACCUGCCCGAGCUCUUCCACAACGACGAAGGCUUGAAUCUCGGCGUGCGUCAAUGCGGCGCGUGCGUGGACGACGUGGAACUCCCAGCGUGGGCGGCGGACGCGCGGCUGUUCACGCUCGUCCACCGCCAGGCGCUCGAGGCGCCGCUGGUCACCGAGAGCCUGCCGCACUGGAUCGACCUCGUGUUCGGCUACAAGCAGACCGGCCAGGCCGCCAUCGACGCCGUCAACGUGUUCCCGCACUGCACCUACUACGGGUUCGACCCGGAGAUGUUGUCCGACGAGGUGGACCGCACGGCGGCGGCGGCCAUGGUGCGCACGUACGGCCAGGCGCCGCGCCAGCUGCUGCGCGCGCCGCAUCCGCACCGCGCGCCUGACCUGGCGCCAACUACUGACAGACAGCCACAAGUGUGGGCGGGGGCGGAAGGCGCGCGCUGGGGCCGCUACUGCGGCUCGCCCGCGCGGGGCGCGCCGCGCGUGGCGCUGCGGCGCGCGCUGGGCGCCGCCCGCCUGGCGCCGCUGCCCGGGCGCGCGCACGCCGCCGCCGCCGCGCCGCCGCACAACGCGCUGCUGGCGUUGCCCGCCGAUCACGGCGACGUCUCGACCAACUCGUCGGGCGAUACCUGUCUGGCUCUGUUAUCGUGGGGCCACUCGGACGGCGUUGUGCGCCUCAAGCGACGCCGCGACGCGCCGCUCGAGCCCGUGCUGCGAGUAACCCCACUCGACCAGAUCACGGCAGUGGCGACAUCGUGCACGUCAGCGUCAUGUCCGGUCGUGAUCGGGCACGCGUCUGGACGCGUGCUAGUGCUGCGGCCGCGGCGCGGCGCCGGCGCCGCCCUGCGCGCGCGCUCGCUCGCGCUGCACGCGCACCACGCGCACGUCACCGACGCCGCCGUGUGCGUGCCCGCCGGGCUGCUCGUCACCGCUAGUGUUGAUGGCAAGAUCGUGCUGUGGGACUUGAACAAGCUGACCUACAUCCGCACGCUCCCCAACCGCGACAUGCUCCCCGUGACGCACGUAGCGAUCAGCGAGACGUUGUGCGACGUUGCCAGCGUGCACGACGUGACGGCGCCGACGACGAGCGCGCCCACCGCCGACGACGACUCCUACGAGAAGGAUGCGGAGAACUACAAGUCGCUGAUACGCGUGCAUACGGUCAACGGGAGGUUUGUUGGUAGCGUGAAAGUAGCAGAGCGAGUAACAUGCAUUUGCUACUCGAACGCGCCGGAAGGCGUCAGCGUGAACGCGAUAGCGUGCGGGGACCGCAGCGGCGCCGUGCGGUUCUACAGCGCGUGGGACCUGCGGCCGCUCGGCGUGCUGCCGGCCGCGCACACCGCGCCCGCUGCACUCGGCGUAGUUAGCUUAACAUACAGCCUGGACAGCGAGAUCCUGUUCGGGUGCUACGCGGACGGCACGUGCGUGGCGUGGCACGGCGGCGGCGCGCGGCCCACUGUGCAGCUGCUGCCCGCGCACGCGCUGUUCUGACGCUCGCUGCGCGCGCGCUGCUGCCUCGCGCCCGGCUAGCGGGGUCACUGCCCCGGCUACUGCCC